UGAAAGUCCCCUCCUGUUCCUUUUAACUUUGAACACAAAGUGCAGCAGCAAUGGGGGCUUUUUGCAAUUUGCUUGCAUUCAUUUCUCUGUACCACUCUUUUUUUUUUUGCUGUUUCCAGUUUCUGGUUAAUCUUUUAAACUCUGGGUCGUAAUUAUCCUUGUCAGACACGCUUAAUUACUGCCUCUGCCACUGUCAUCCCCCCAAAAAAGGGCCUCUUUUUUUUUCUACUCCUUAUUUACUUGCAGCUUCCUUCUAGUGUCUCUUUUAUUAUCUGGUUUUCUGGGUUUCCCUUUGUUUACUUACUAUUUCCGGGUCACUACACUAAAGCCAUCAGUUUUUCGUUUUGUCCGGCGGUGACCGGAGAUUCAGAGGAUAGUAAUGGCUGUCAGGUCCCGUGACUCUUCUUCGUCUGUCCGGUCUCUGCCUCCGCCGUGUCCAAAAUCACCACCGGAGUAUCCGGAUUUGUAUGGGAAACGAAGGGAAACGGCUAAGAUUCAGAUGCUUGAGAGAGAGAUAAGUUUCCUUGAGGAAGAGUUAAAAUCCGUCGACAGUCUCCAACCGGCUUCGAGAUAUUGCAAAGAGGUUACGGAUUUUGUGAUGGCGAGAUCCGAUCCACUGAUACCUACGAACCGGAAGAAUCGGAAGUCACGUCAGUUUUGGAAGUGGCUUUGUGGAAUUCCCUGCUUUAACUUGUCAUGGAUCUGCUGUUGCUGCUAUUCCGGGUGCUCUUGUGAUCUGAAAUGCACCCGGUGUUGUGACUGUGGUUUAUGUAACUGCAGCUCAUGCAUUUGCAACUUAUGUAAAUGCAGGCCCUGCAAAUGCUGCUCGUCAGAUCACAGUUCUUGCAAAUGCGGCUCGUCUGACCCGAGUUCAUGCAAGUGCCGCCCAUGUGACUGCAGUUCAUGUAAAUGCAGCUCAUGUGACUGCACUCCUGCGACUGCAGUUCUUGUAAAUGCAGCAGCUCGUGCUACUGCAGUUCAUGUAAGUGCAGCUCGUGUGACUGUGGCUCAUGUUCAAGCUGCUGCACAAUCCCAAAAUGCUGCUGCACAGUCCCAAAAUGGCGAUGCAAGUGCAGUUCAUGCGACUGCUGUUCAUGUUCAAGCUGCUGCACAAUCCCGAAAUGCCAAUGUUUCCCGUGUCCUAAAUCCUGUUGCGGCAGCCGAAACUGUUGCAUUUUUCAAUUCCCUUCAUGCACGGAUUGCUUUUGCUGCAAAUGGAAAUGUUCUACCCCUAAAUGUCCGAAGGUAA